AGAACAUUGCUGAUACGUUUGGGCUGCCUACCGGGCACUUCUACCCCCUUCCUGCCUACCGGGCACUUCUACCCCCUUCCUGCCCUACCGGCACUUCUACUCCCUAACCUUCCUGCCUACCGGACACUUCUACUUCUACCCCCUUCUACCCGCCUACCGGGCACUUCUACCCCCUUCCUGCCUACCGGGCACUUCUACCCCCUUCCUGCCUACCGGGCACUUCUACCCCCCUUCCUGCCUACAGGACACUUCUACCCCCCUUCCUGCCUAUCGACACUUCUACUACCCCCUUCCUGCCCACCGGGCACUUACUACCCCCUUCCUGCCUACAGGGCACUUCUACCCCCCUUCCUGCCCACCGGGCACUUCUACCCC